CUGAUAGUAUGAGUCGCAUGGAAUUUUAUCAUGGCGACUGUUCAGGUAAACUUACCAAGUCCGUAUCUAAUUCAAUACAUUUACGAUUCGUGUGCUUUGUGAUUUCUCAUUUUUAAGUUCACAGACUAUAGUCCGCGUAAAAGUGAAUUGAAAUUUGAUGUGAUCGAAACGUGUCUUUUGUGGAAACCGGCGGAGGCUUUCCGUGAAAUAUAAGUGGAUGAUGUCAGUUAUCGACGCAAAGUCAUGCCACGAGGAAGACAAUUCGAAUUUGACCGAGGACGAUUGGAAAAUGCCUGUUGCUUUCCAAAAACCUCGACAUACAACGACAAUCGAGGGUAUCAAUUGUGUCACGCAAACUUGGCGCAUGAAAGAACGGAUGAAAACAGUUAGCGUGGCAUUGGUGCUUUGUCUAAAUGUUGGUGUUGAUCCACCUGAUAUUGUUAAAACACAACCAUGUGCUCGUUUGGAAUGUUGGAUUGAUCCAUCAUCUGUAAGUCCACAAAAAGCUCUUGAAAUGAUAGGCUCCAACUUACAAAAACAGUAUGAAAGGUGGCAGCCUAGAGCACGUUAUAAACAAAGCUUAGAUCCUACGGUAGAAGAAGUUAAAAAAUUAUGUACCUCUUUACGGAGAAAUGCUAAAGAAGAACGAGUUCUUUUUCAUUACAAUGGACAUGGUGUACCUAAACCUACUAGUAAUGGUGAAAUAUGGGUAUUUAAUAGGACUUAUACACAAUACAUUCCAUUGUCAGUGUAUGAUUUACAAACAUGGAUGGGGGCACCUAGUAUCUAUGUAUAUGAUUGCUCUAAUGCUGGCAUUAUUGUAGAGUCCUUCCAACAAUUUGCUGAACAGCAUGAAAAAGAAUACGAAAUGGAAAAGCAGGCUGUGCAACAAAAUUGUGCGACUGGAAUUGCAAAUUCUACAAUCCCAUCUUAUAAAAACUGUAUUCAAUUGGCAGCAUGUGCAGCUAAUCAGAUUUUACCAAUGAAUCCAGAUUUGCCAGCAGAUGUGUUUACAUCUUGCCUUACUACACCAAUAAAAAUUGCAUUACGUUGGUUUGUGAUGCAAAAUACUACCAAAUUAAUUCCAAAGAUAUCAUUGGAUUUGAUUGACAAAAUUCCAGGUCAGCUGACUGAUAGAAGAACUAUGUUAGGGGAAUUAAAUUGGAUAUUUACUGCAAUUACAGAUACCAUAGCAUGGAACACUUUACCUAGAGAUUUAUUCCAAAGAUUGUUUAGACAAGAUUUGUUAGUUGCUAGUUUGUUUAGAAACUUUUUACUUGCCGAAAGAAUACUUCGUUCAUAUGACUGUACUCCAGUAUCCUGUCCAAAAUUACCACCUACAUAUCAGCAUCCAAUGUGGCAAGCCUGGGAUUUGGCACUUGAUUUAUGUUUAGCACAACUACCACAAAUUCUUGAAAAUGAAGAGCAAUUUGUACAUUCUCCUUUCUUUGAAGAACAACUAACAGCUUUUCAAGUGUGGCUUACAUUAGGUUCAAAAAAUCGUAAUCCUCCAGAACAACUUCCAAUUGUGUUACAAGUGCUUUUGAGUCAAGUACAUAGACUUAGAGCAUUAGAAUUAUUAGGACGUUUUCUUGAUCUUGGCCCUUGGGCUGUGAAUUUAGCAUUAAGUGUUGGAAUUUUUCCAUAUGUCUUAAAAUUACUUCAAAGCAAUGCAAAAGAACUCCGACCUUUACUUGUCUUUAUCUGGGCAAAAAUUCUUGCAGUGGACAAUACCUGUCAGGCUGAUCUAGUACGAGAUGAUGGUCAUAAAUAUUUUCUGUCUGUUCUGCAAGAUACUUCGAUUUUGCGGGAACACAGAACAUUAGCAGCAUUUGUGUUAGCUUGUAUUGUAAAUGAUUAUCGACCUGGGCAAGUUGCUGCAAAUCAUGGAAGUCUUGUAUCAAUCUGUCUUGAACAAUUGGGUGAUUCUCAUCCGUUAUUACGUCAAUGGCUUUGUUUAUGCCUUGGAAGACUUUGGCAUAAUUAUGAUAAAGCAAGAUGGUGUGGAGUAAGAGACAUUGCGCAUGAAAAACUUUUCAUAUUACUACAUGAUCCUGUUCCUGAGGUACGAGCUGCUAGCGUUUACGCGCUGGGAACUUUUAUAAACAGCGUAACAACUCGAAGCGAACAUGCAAACAAUAUCGAUCAAAUUAUUGCUAUGACCCUUAUUAAUACUGUUUCUCAUGAUAUGUGUCCCUUAGUAAGAAAAGAAUUGGUAGUAGCACUUCAAUGGAUGGUUCUACAUUUUGAGAAUUCAUUUGUGACUUUAGCUUUAGCUGAAGAAAAUAGCAGAAAAGAUUUAAUCGUAGAAACAUUAUCACCAUUCAGUGGAAUGAGACGUAUUAGUUCACGAGAUCGUUUGAAGAUGCUGUCUCCUAAUAAUACAUAUACUGUAGAUACAACUGAUGGGCUUGGUCAAGACCGUAUAAAAAGAGUUUCUUCUUCAUCCUCUAUUAGUAGUUUAGGAAAUAAUUGGGAGUUCGUGAGGAAACCUUGCGAGUCACUUGGUCAUAGUUCUUUAGGAAAUUUACCAAGUUUGUCUUAUGGUAGUGUAUACAUGAAAUUAUGGCAUGGACUUGGUAAUCUUGACAAUGAUCCUCAUCCUGCGGUUGCUGUGAUGUCUCAGAAAGUAACAAAUCAUAUUCGCAGACAGGUUAAAGAGUCGUCUGUGCCUAAAGAAGUAGUAGAGACAAAAAUAUCCUCAUCAUUGUCUCUUCCACCUUCUCCAUCAAAUCAAACUAGUUAUCUAAGUAACAGCAAGGGAGAAUCACCACCUAUAGUUAAUUCUGGAACAGAUCUAUUACGAUCUGCACGAAUGUCUUCACAUGGUAAUCGUUCUAGGAAACCGGUUCCCAUUACAAUAUCAGAAGAAGCAGAUGAAAUAUUUGAUAUUAAAACUCCUUUAACUACUUCACAAUUUGUUGAAUGGAGUUGUGCACAAUUCGCACAACCUGUUACGUUAAAAAAUGAAACUGAAUCUAUAAGUGACAUGGAAAGCAGGGCACAUUAUGAACGCGAAUGGAGGUAUUUACGAAACAAACGACAGAAACGCGAUGCGAAAGAAGAACAGUUGAAAGCAAUGCAAAGUAGAAUAGAAUCUCAAGUAUUUCAUACUAGAUGUCCUCAGUCUCCAGAUGUUCUUACGUUCCAUCCGUUUGAAUCGCAUUUGGCGGUAGCAUUGAAGGAUUACUUUGGAGUAUGGGAUUGUCAAAAUGGUGCAAAACUAACAUAUUAUGCUAGUCGUGGUAAUAGAAUGUCACGUAUUACAACUCUGGAAUUUAUCAAUGCUCAUGAUGUAACGUUAUUAAUGGCUGGUUCCGAUGAUGGUUCGAUUAGAGUGUGGAAGAAUUACAGUAGCACUUUAGGACGUGAUCCUGUUUUGCUCACUGCGUGGCAAGCAUUGUCCGAUAUACAGCCAUUAGCAAGAACUUCCACUGCAACAGCAGGAUUGGUUACUAAGUGGGAGCAAAAGUCUCUAACUUUAGCUGUGACAGGUGAUGUUCGUAUUGUGAGAUUGUGGGACGCAGAAACAGAGUUAAAAAAACAAGAUAUACCAACAGGUGCCGACUGUUGUAUUACAUCUGUUGAUGUAGAUAAUACAGGGUCUUUGAUGGCAUUAGGCUGUGGUGAUGGAUCAGUUCGACUCUUCGAUCGAAGAUUGCCUCCAUUGGAAGCAAGAGUUAUGACGUGGAGAGAACAUACUGCAUGGGUGUUGGGAACACACUUGAGAAAGUCCGAUGGUUUCAUAUCACAAUUAUUUACUGGAUCUUCUUCCGGGGAUAUUAGAAUUUUUGACAUAAGAAAAAAUUCUUCUAUAAGUACUGUACAGAUAACGCAAGGCAUUACAGCAUUAACCGUUCAUGAAAAUGCUAAUGUUUUUGCUUGCGGCUCAACGAAUCACUGCAUCAGUGUUUAUAAUACGCUUGGACAACAUCUCAAUACAAUAAAGUUUCACGAAGGUUUUAUGGGUACACGAAUUAGUCCUGUAAGUUGUCUUAGUUUUCAUCCCUAUCGUGUGAUUUUAGCAGCGGGAUGUGUCGAUAGUACUAUAACUGCAUAUGCAUCAGAGUCAAGAAGAUGACUAUUAGAAAGAGAAUUUGUGUAAUAUUGCUUUUGACAAUUUUUGAAAUUAUAUUUUGAAUUUGUCUAAUUAUUAUGAUAUGAAAAGUACAAAAAGAAAAAGAAGAAAAAAAAAGAAAGAGGAAGAGAAAUUUUAAGCAUAGAAUAUUUUUUCUAUAUAUGUUUUGGAAUAAGUAAUAGUAAAAAGUUAAAUACAAUCUUUUUUCCCAUUGUUUAUUAUAAAAUCAUUUUGGUUAUGUAUAUUUCUCUGGGUCUAAUAUGUACAAAAAAUAUAUUUCAAUAUGUCUUUUGUAGUCAAAAAAAGUAGCGGUUAGCACAACCAAAGUCUCUUAUAAUAACCAAAGAGCAGUAUAAAGAUGCAAUUAGUACCAUUUUUGAAAUUGAAUUUUGUGCUCCGUUAACUACGAAUUUGAAAUAUGUGUGCGUGCGUAGAACUUAAUGAAAGAGGCUGUGCGAAUAAGUGUUUGCAUAUGUUUAAAUUAAUAUUUAACAGAAGUUUGCAACUUGUACAAAGUAAAUUAACUUUAAUCAUUGUACUAUGUGGAAAUGACUUCGAGAAGAUUUGGAAGCUAUGAUGUAUAGAUUAUGAAUUUGAUAUAAUUUAAAUUAAUUUUUAUAUUUUUAACGAGUUGUGUAAGAUCAGCAAAUAUUACGUCUUUUUGUAAUUAUGUUCCUAAUUAAAAAAAGAACUUAUUCGAAGUGACUAUGAGGAUACAAAAAAUUUUUUACACAGUUUGGCUCUAAUUUUUCUAGUCACGAAAAUAUUGCAUUUGAAGUUAAGAUGCACAAUUAUUUUCCUGUGUAAGAAUUAUUCAAAAUUUAUUUAUACGUUUAAAUAUACAUCACAAUGCAGAUUUUUAUGUUGAAAAGAGUAAGCAUUUUCUUACUAUAAUUACAGUUAUACUGCACGACUACAAUACAUAUGAAAUAUUGAAGAUUGUAGAUAUAAGAAUAUUUUGCGUUAUUAUUAUUAUCUACUAUCGUCAGUGCGAUGUAACGUAAAUUAUUGAUAUUCAUAUAAGAUAAAAUGCUUGUGUAUCAUAUUUGUUAAUUAAACUGUAUUAAUCUCAACGUAACAUACAUUAAAAAACGAACGAGUAGGUAACGAGUAGAUAAAAAUGUUAUAGGAAGAAUAAAAGAAAAGAUUGACAUUGUUCUUCUUCGUCACUGCAUAGUUUUCAUAAGCAUACAUGCGCGCAAGUAUAGUAAAUAACGAAAAAUAAAUUAUACCGACAGAUAAUUCGAUCGAUAGUCUACUAUUAAUAUUGACACCUACGAAUGGACGAUAAGUGCUUAGACUAAUGCAUGCGGAAAGCAUGAAAUGAACGAUAUAAAUGAAACAAUUAAUAUGAGUCAUUAUUUUUAAGUUAACAUGUUUUAAUUGACAAAGUACUACAUGUCCUUCGUAAGUAGAACCAUCAGGAAUGUAUUCGAAUGAUUACAUUAUUUUAAAUGUAAUUCCUAUAACGAUACUCGAUAUAAACGAUUCAAUUAAAUGAAUCAGCGAUUUGAUCUUAUAUACGCGGAUAAUGUUCAUUUUAUGCAGUCUUCGAAAAAUGACUGUAACUGUAAAAUUAAGUAAUGCUGACUGUUGAAUGUACUUAAGCGUGACGAUUGAUGAUCGAUUGCUUCGACCACAUAUACAAUAAAUAAGACACAUAGGCAAAGCUAAACUACAGACAAGCCUAGACAAAUUUUUGUCUGUAUUAUAUACAGUCGACGGUCGCUUCUAUUAUUAGCAAUAAUUGUCAGGUAUAUCAUGUACAUGGUAAUUAUUACAAACGAAGAAAGGAGGUAAAUUCCAUGUACUUGCUUCGUUCUGUAUUAUCUUUUGUAUAUAAUUGCCCUAUAAUAAAUACACAAUCAUGUUAAGUCGAAA